AAGAAACAAGAGAUUCUCAUGAAUUGAAAGAAACCUUCAUUUUUUCUUCUUCUUCUUCUUCACCCUUUUUCUUCAUUCAUUCAUUCCCUCACACUCACUGCAUCAUCUUCUUCUGUCGUCGUGGUCUUAUCUUCUCCCCCCCUGAAUGCCUCUCAAAUCUCCGAUUCAAUUCCACGCCCAUGGACCUUCCUUCUUCCAAUCCAAACCCAAACCCAAUCCAAAACCUGGGUUGAUCGUUUUUCUCUCUCUCAAUCGCCCCAACGCCUGCAAAGGCAUCGGAAUCGCCGUCCCUACACCGCUUUCGCCGUCGCCGGAUUCCGCCUUCAGAGCCAAACACGCCGACGUUGCUACUCUUGGGAAUCUCUGUGUUGAUAUUGUCCUCAAUGUCCCUCAAUUGCCUCCUCCUUCUCUCAGUGAACGUAAGGCUUAUAUGGAGCGUUUGGCUUCCUCUCCGCCUCCCAAGAAAUAUUGGGAAGCUGGUGGGAACUGCAAUAUGGCUAUAGCAGCCUCAAGGCUAGGACUUGACUGCAUAUCAAUUGGUCAUGUGGGUAAUGAAAUCUAUGGGAAGUUUCUGUCAGAUGUGCUUCAUGAUGAGGGCAUUGGUAUGGUUGGGAUGAGUACUGAUGAUGAUAUUGUCGAUAGCUCUAGUGCCUCUUAUGAAACACUUCUAUGCUGGGUUCUUGUUGAUCCCUCACAAAGACAUGGUUUUUGUAGUCGAGCUGAUUUUAACAAGGAGCCUGCAUUUCAUUGGCUGAGAGAAAUGUCAAGAGAAGUAAAAAUGGCUAUUAAAAAUUCGAAGGUCUUGUUCUGUAAUGGAUAUGGCUUUGACGAGCUCUCUCCUGGUUUACUACUCUCAGUAGGGGAAUAUGCUGUUGAAGUUGGCACAUCAAUCUUCUUUGAUCCUGGACCACGUGGAAAGAGUCUCUCCACUGGAACCCCAGAAGAACAAAGGGCUCUUAACCAGUUUCUGAGGAUGAGUGAUGUUCUUCUUCUAACAUCUGAUGAGGCCGAGUCAUUAACUGGUAUAGGAGAUCCUAUAUUAGCAGGACAGGAGUUGCUCAAGAGAGGGAUCCGCACAAAAUGGGUGAUUGUUAAAAUGGGUAGUAGGGGUUCAAUUCUGAUAACUACAUCAAGAAUAGCCUGUGCACCUGCAUUCAAGGUGAACGUUAUUGACACUGUUGGGUGUGGAGACAGUUUUGUAGCGGCUAUUGCAUAUGGUUUUAUACACAAUAUGCCAAUGGUUAAUACAUUAGCGAUUGCAAAUGCGGUGGGUGCUGCAACAGCCAUGGGCUGUGGUGCUGGUCGGAAUGUAGCAACAUUGGAAAAGGUGGUAGAUAUAUUGAGAUCAUCAAACCUCAAUGAAGACGGUGAAUUUUGGACUGACAUACUUGAAAAGAAUGUGGUUGCUCAGGAAAUAACGUGCCUGUCAAAUGUUGUGAUGAGUGGAAACAGAAAUCAUCUCAACGUUGUCCCGUUUGACAAGGUUGUCUCUGAGAUCUUGCCCAAGCUUGUGCUUCCACAGACUGUGGAGAAUGCGACGACUUGAUAUUUUUGGGCAGUAGAUUGCAGCCACUGUUUAUACAUUCAUGUGAGCUAACUCUUCUCCUCAUUCUCUUGAGGUCUUCACUCCUUCAUGCUAUCAAAGUCUAAAAGCAUUAAGACAGCAGAGCUUUAUCACCCGCAGGAUUACAUUGCGGUUGCUAGUUAAAAAGGCAUUGGUUUGAUCAAGUACAUGAUAGGUAGCUUCUCAUCAAGCAUUUUAACUGAUUUCUUUAAUUUUAGUCUCGACGAUAUUUCUUGGGCAAGCCCUUUAUAAACCCUAAUGUUUUAUCGAAUUCACACCAUCAAAUUAGUCUAUAAUCUAAAGAAAUCGCAUUUCUACAUGAUGUAUGAUGAUUUCAACUUUCAAGGACAUCAGUCCUUAAUAUGUGAUUUUUUAGUCCUACCAGUGACUAUCGUGCCUUA